AUAAAAUCCUAGAAGAAGAAGAAGAAGAAGACGACGACGACGUCGUGCUGUGGUUGUGUUAGUAUCUUGUAGUUUUCGGUACCCUAAUAAUCUUCUACUGUUAUUUUUUUUUAGAUAUAUAUUUUGCUGAGGUCGAAAGCAUGUCGCAGCUUUCUGAAAUAAACACGACAGACAUGCGCAGCGAUAGUAUGUGGUCCGCUGCCGACGUUUGGAUAAAGAAGCCACAUGUAGUAAAUAAGAGACUGUGUGGCGUAACAGAGACGGAGUACAUGGAUGUGGACACUGCGGAAUUGAUUCAGUUUUUAUUUUCUCUUCUGGGGCCUAAUAUUAAGAUUGCUGAUAUUUCUAUGUUUCUUCACGCUGAUGUUGUGGAUAAGGAGCAUGAAACUGCAGGACGCUGGUGUGUUGGAGUCAGAACUAUUAUUCCCAAAGUGAACAAGACAGGAGAGUGUCUAUACAAAGAGGUUAUCAUAAAAGAUAAUGUUAGGCAUGCAGUGACAUUUAUACCAUUUGAAGAGACUGGCGUGGAACAGGUUACUGUCAAGAGCAGUAACAUAUAUCAAAUACAGCUGCAGUUAAAGCCAGAGGAAUGGAUGUUUUCUCUUCACGCUCUGACACCUGAGCACUGGUGGAGUGAUGGAGUAGCUUACCCUAAACUCUCCUGGCUCUAUACUAAACUCUUGCCUAAACUAUCACGCUGGGCUCUGGAGAGCAAGACCAGUGAGUUUAAAAGUACCCUUUCGCUCAUACCUGUGGAGAAAUAUGGUAUCCUCUACCACCAGCUGAAAGAAAAAUACAAAGCAUUAGUAAAGGUCUGGCCUGAAGUUACUGAUCCAGAGAAGUUUGUCUUUGAAGAUGUUGCAAUUGCUACAUAUCUGUUGGUCUUAUGGGGUGAAGAGCGUACUGAAAAGGGAACAACAACCAAACAGUCCUUUGUGGAUCUUGGAUGUGGAAAUGGCCUCCUGGUUCACAUAUUAAACAAUGAAGGGCAUCCUGGAAAGGGCAUGGACAUUCGCAAAAGAAAGAUUUGGGACAUGUAUGGGCCUGGUACUCAUCUAGAGGAAAAUGCCAUCACACCCAGCAAUGACUUCCUCUUCCCCACCACAGACUGGCUGAUUGGAAACCACUCCGAUGAGCUUACACCAUGGAUCCCUGUAAUAGCAGCCAGAUCAUCUUACUCAUGCCGCUACUUCGUGAUUCCCUGCUGCUUUUAUGACUUCUGUGGGAAGUACCAGCGCAGACAAUGUAAGAAGUCUCAGUAUAAGGAGUAUAUUGACUUCGUAACUGAUGUCAGCACAAUGUGUGGUUUCUACACAGAGGAGGACUGUCUGAGGAUCCCUUCCACUAAACGUGUAGGUUGGUUGUGUAUCUGUAGAGCUGGGUCACUAGACUGGAUUGUUGGAGAUUCACUCCUUUUAGCAGUUUCUCACAGUGCUCUAAAAAUAAAUGCCUUGCAUCAUAUCCACUUUUAUUCUUCAACUUUGCUCCAGGAAUAUAUUGAAGCCAGAUGUGAAUUAGGUGUGUGCAAUAUAGUCUACGAUAAUAUUGUAAUUGUUGUUUAAACAAUGUGACCUAAAAAACCUAAAGAAUCACAGAAGUUGGUGGAAUAAAGUGUCUAUCGUUAGAGAUACUAUAUCAUGUAUUCUGCGGAAUGCAAAUAUAUCGGUUUAUCAUAGUACUACUUUUUAUAUAUACCAUUGAGUGAUAAGGAAACAUGCAUGAAUGAGAAAAUAUAGAGUCGGACCUCUUGAUAGUUAAGCGCUAUAAGCAGUGAAGAAGAACUCAAUGUGGUGCUCACUCUGACUGACACACACUCAGAAAGUGCCUCUCUCAGACAGCAUGUGAUCGCAAAUUUGGGACUUGCAUGAUGUUUAAUAAAGUUAAAUGCAAUAAGCAGUAUAAAAUAACUCAAUCUGAUUCUCGCGCUGAUGGACACACAAUUGAAGCACGUGCACUGAAAGUCCCUCUCUCAGACAGCAUGUGAUUGCUAAAAAAGAUCUCUUUCGUGCUUGAAUGGUCAAAUAUACCCACCAUUAUGUCGAAAUGCCUGUCUUGUGUAGGGUUAGGAAUCGUUAUAAACUUUCUUGUUUCGGUUCCAUUAAAAUCAUUAAACAACUAUUAAAAAAUAGUGGUAAGAAAAAAUGCACAAUACUCAACUACUUGAUGCUCAAUACUAUUUAUUACUUACUGUCAACAUAAUUUAAAGGUUGGAAAUGUCAAAAUGCAAUAGUAGGGUUGGGAAUUGUUAGAAAUUUUCUGGUUCCAUUUAAAUUACUAUUAGGAUGUUUUUUUUUUUACUAUUUUACUAUCAUUGUAUGUAGUUUUGUUGGAAGGUAGUAAGAAAUGUUGAGUAAUGUUAGUCGAUCAAUCAGCAUGUGCUUCAAAGUUGAUGUUUUUUUACACUAUCAAUAUCAUUUUGCUUUUAAAUCAGGAAUAAGCAGGUUGGCCAAAUAGUCCCUUGAGGGUUAUACUAUGUGUACACUCUCCAUAAAGCCCCUGUUUUACAAAGAAUAAUGCAAUCAGGAGAUGGUGUGAUGCAAUGAGUGGUUUCCACAUUUGUAAACAUUUAAAAUGCAUGAAAAUAAAUAUUUUCUUUAAAUGACCUGUAAAUGAAAUAAUCUAACCCUCAUACUUGCAUAACAAAAGCAGUCUAUUUAUAUAUUGGUCCAUGUUGAAGUCAGUAUGUAUGUUAAUGACAAUAUGGGAUAAACAUAAUACAAUUUAGUGGUAGCAGGUGCUGCGCGCUGACAGUACAGUAGGUGGAUAAGAUAAAUGGGCAUUACCGGUGCCACGGCGUUAACUGUAAUUCAGUCGCGUGUUAAAAUCAUUCGCGAAACUAACGCCAGGUGGCGCAAAGGGACGGAUUGCGGAACGAAUGUAAUUGUAAAAUGAGAUAAAAGGAGGAAGUAAAGCAACAAUAACAUUAUUACAUUGUAACAUCUUUAAAAAAUAUUAAAACAUUUACAGUGAGUUAAUUUCAAAAACAUAGGAUAAGGCUACAGUCUUAAUUUAAAAAAAAAUUAAAAAAAUUAAAAGACCUUUACACAGAGUUUUCUUUGUUUUCAUGACUAUGAAAAUUGUAGAUUCACACUGAAGGCAUCAAAAAUAUGAAUUAACACAUGUGGAAUUAUAUAUGGAAUAUAUGGAAUUAUAUCCAUAACAAAAAAAGUGUAAAACAACUGAAAAUGUCAUAUUCUAGGUUUUUCAAACUAGUCACCUUUUGCUUUGAUUACUGAUUUGCACACUCUUGGCAUUCUCUUGAUGAGCUUCAAGAGGUAGUCACCUGAAAUGGUCUUCCAACAGUCUUGAAGGAGUUCCCCGAGAGAUGCUUAGCACUUGUUGGCCCUUUUGCCUUCUGUAUGCGGUCCAGCUCACCCCUAAACCAUCUCGAUUGGGUUCAGGUCCGGUGACUGUGGAGGCCAGGUCAUCUGGCGCAGCACCCCAUCACUCUCCUUCUUGGUCAAAUAGCCCUUGAUGCCUUCAGUGUGACUCUACAAUUUUCAUAGUCAUGAAAAUAAAGAAAACUCUUUGAAUUAGAAGGUGUGUCCAAACUUUUGGUCUGUACUGUAUAUACAUAAAAAGCUAAAUGUUUUAAUUUCAUUUUCAUUUCGGUUCAUUCUUGGUUUAAAAAAAUCUUCAGGAAUACAUGGAGUAAACAAUAAAAAAAGAAUAUGUGUGUUUAUGCACCUGCUGCCUUUUGAUGGUGAAAAGUACGGAUGGCAUAUGUGUGAAAUGCUCGUCUUUUCUUGAUGGUAAUGCCAGUUUAAACCCUUAACAUCCUGUAAAAAAAUCUACUUUGCAUCAAAUUUAUGAACUUAAUGUAUUAUGAACCAAAAUGCAAUACCAACUUCAAAUAAGCUGCAGCUCGCCGGAGGGGUCAAGCUGCAUAAUCAUUUCUAAAACUUUCGUACAAGUCAAGCCCUUUCUUGUGUUGCUUGCUGCUCUUCUCGCCAUUAAAUGAGCAGCACGAUAGCAUGCAAGUGUUUAAAUCCACUUACUUUGCUUCUGUUUAGUCAAUUUGCUUGUUAAGUCUGAUGUCACGUAGCAGCGCUUCCAUGUCCAAACGCUCUAUCAGUUACCCACGAGAAAACAACAAAAUGUGCUAAUAUAAACUCACAAUGUAAUAAAAUACUAGCGAAAAACUUAUAAUCUUAAAGCUGCAGUAGGUAACUUUUGUAAAAAUAAUAUUACAUAUUUUUUAAACCUGUCAUUAUGUCCUGACUGUAGAAUAUGAGAAAGAUAAUCUGUGAAAAAAUCAAGCUCCUCUGGCUCCUCCCAUUGGUCCUGUUGCUAUUUGCAUAAAUUCAUCUGCUCCCGGUAAUAAACAACCAAUCAGAGCUGUGGUCCGUAACUUAGUUUGUGUUCAAAAUGUAGAAAAAUGUAUAUAAUAAGCGAGUACACCAUGAAUCCAUUUUCCAAACCGUGUUUUUAGCUUGUCCUGAAUCACUAGCGUGCACCUAUAAUAAGUGUUUAUAUUUGGACUAUUUUAGAUUGCUUCGGGGGUACCGCGGCGAAGUAACCCAGUACCUUUGUGAUUCUUCAUAGACAUAAACAGAGAGAAGUAGUUCCGUCUACGAUGUUCUUUCGCAAGACGCAAGCAGUUUUGUUUAUUAACCGCUAGAGCGUCAAAAGUUACUUACCGCAGCUUUAACAUUUAACUCCAUACCGAAGUCCCAGAUAGCCAGACAAUGAAAAUAUAUAUAUAAAAAAUAUAUAUAAAAAUUGUUUGUGUUUGGGACGCUGUGAGCACGGAGACUGUAGCGUAUACCGUAAGUUUGAAAGCGUUUAGCUUAAAUUAUUAAUAUGAAUAAACAGUGCUCAUAAACGGCUGCUGAGGUCGUAUUCUCAAGUGAAGCGAGUUGAGGCCUGGACCCGGAAACAGCGCUUCCGUAAGAACCCAAUACUUUCACCACCAUUAAAAGGCAGCAGGUGCAUAAAUACACUUUUGUUUACUCCAUAUAGUUCUGAAAGCUGAGGUGUACAUUUUGAUAUUCUCAAAUACAUCAAGGUAAGUGCGCAAAGGUCUCUCACACACUCUCUCUCUUUCUCUCACACACACACACAUACACACACAAUAUAAUAUGCUGUUAUACUCCAUGUAACUCCAUACAAGUCAGAAACUAAGCUUUUUUUGCACAGGCCUAUCUAAAGGGUUAAUGAUCCCACGUAGUGAUCAACUGUAAAAAUAACAAAUGUUACCACUUCCCAACAGGGAAAACCACCAAUCAAGAAUCUCUCACACACACAAACACUAUAAUUUGCUGUUAUACUCCAUGUGACUUCAUAUAAAAGCCAGAAACUAAGUCUUUUUUUGCACAUGCUUAUCUAAAGGGUUAAUGGUCCCACCUAGUGAUCAACUGUACAAAUAACAAAUUUUACCUAUUCUCAAAAGGUAAAACCACCAACCAUCAAGAAUGCAUGAUUAUAUGGUGUCAUGGCUUUGCAAUCAAAAAAUGUUGUUAUAAUGGAAGUCAAUGGGGCCAGAAACAGCCACAAACAGUAAAUGAGGGAGAACAAAUUAAAAUCUAAUGCUGCACAAAAACUAAAAAUGCAUCAAAGCCUAUGUUGCUACUAAUCUUUGACAUGCCCAAGACUGUUAUAAAAAGUAAAACAUAUUUAAACAAUUACUUUUAUAUUGAAAAUAAGCCCUUUUUAGUGUAUUUUUCCCCCAAAUCAGUGACAUCAUUUAUGAACUUGGCAAUUAAAGAGUUAAAAUCUUGGAUUUUUUAAAAACAUUUGGUAGUUUUGAUCAGGACUGAAGUUGAUUAACAGAUUUAUGCAAAAAUAAUAAUAAUAAAAAAAAAAAAUGAAUCUGAUACAUUUUUACAGCAGUUUAAUUGAGUGGAUGUUUUCAUCCCAAACAUAACGAAAGGGUAGUGAAUUUGAACAAUGCACAAGGGUUAAGUACAGUAACAGAGUAAAGCUACUCCUUUACUGUCCACCACUGAUCAGCGAGGCAAAACUGAUGUCAAUUUGUGAAAAUGUGCUUUAAUGCACUUAUUUGAUAACUUGUGGUUAAAGCGCCACUCAGUGGUCAAAAGCAGCAAAUGCACUUUACAAAUGCCGUGGCGGCGGUACGUGCGGCGGUAAAAGGAGGCGUUUUCAAUGUCUACCUACUGUACGUGUACAGUCAGACAAAAUGACGUGCACCAUUAUGAAAGGCGUUAGUGCGCGUACAGUAGAGGGAAAUUAUGUGUUCGGUAGUAAAAGACGCAACGCGGCGCAUCAUUGGAAGCAAUGUGCUCAGUAAUUAAAGAGGCAGGAUGGCGUUUCUAUUAUAUGCUUUGUGACAUCCUUUAAAGGAAAUGCAGAAUAUUUAGAAAACCGGCGCAAGGCUGCUUGGUCGAGUGUCAUUAUAUUGUAUUGUAACCUUGACUUCAAUGAAUUUCAUUCAGUUUGUUUGAGUUCUGCUGUCUUUUGUUGGAUCACGCCACUUGUGUCCGGUGUAGACCUGGCAUGCAUUUUUUAAUGGGUUAUGUUACAGUCCUGCUUUUUUAAUGUUUUUAUUAAAUAUCUGUAUUGACUGCAUGGUCAUAUCAUCAUAUUUACUGCCGUGCGACCUACAAAAGUAAGGCUUGGUGAGUCGAGCAGCGAGCAUUGCUGCAGGUUGCUUUUUGGUUGAUAUGCUGUGCUUGUGCUGGUGGUCGUCUAUAUUUCGCUGGGUGAAACAUCUCUCACUCAGCAGCAGAGUCUGUCAGCUACAUGCUCACUGAUACCAGAAACAUGCUUUGCCUUCGCUUCGUGGAUAAAGUAUUUCAGUAUGUUUGAAAUGUUAUGUUCAUAACGUAGCCUAUAAGAAAAAAUUAAAUAACAGGAGAGUUUCAAAGUGGCUUAGGCUAUUGUGUGUAAACUUUUUUUCCCUAUCACAUGCCAUAACUAAUAACAUUGUAAGCAUUACAUAUUUAAUUGCUGCUUUCUGCUGUGCAAAUUUUUGUCAGUUAUUUUAUCUAAACAGAUCGAUGAAGUUCUUAAAUAUUUCAAAAUCAGAUAGCCUACUGAUAAUGGGAGUGGAGCUUCGGUGGAUGUUAAAAAGAAAACCAAUUUUCCUUUAAACAAACCGAUGUAAAUUACAAAUUCGAGUUAAUCGAUAAAAUAGAUUUAUCACCCAGCACGUACUUGCUUUCAUAUAAUUUAAUAAAUAAAAAAUUGCAGCUGCAUUUAAAUGUAGGUGUGUAAAAUAUGUGCUAGAUUUGCACUGAGUGUGUGUGAUGCUGGAUGUGCAGCAUUUAUUCUUAUUUGUUUUAUCUUCAUUACAAAUCUUGUUUGGUUUUAUUUUGGAUAAUUGCAUGUAAAAAAAAAAGUUUUUUGAUGUGAAUCAAUAUUCAUAUUCAAGUUUUUCUACAAAAAGUAUUAAUACGCAUUAAUGACUGGGAGGCGCAGACUUAUGAAAGUGAAAAAGUGACGUGACAUUCAGCCAAGUAUGGUGACCCAUACUCAGAAUUUGUGCUCUGCAUUUAACCCAUCCGAAGUGCACACACACACACACACACACACAGUGAACACACACCUGGAGCAGUGGGCAGCCAUUUUUGCUGCGCGCCCGGGGAGCAGUUGGGGGUUCGGUGCCUUGCUCAAGGGCACCUAAGUCGUGGUAUUGAAGGUAUUAUCACUUAAAUUUUUUCCUGAUAAUGAAUUUACUCUCACAUAAGCCUACAUGAAAAAUAUAUCUUCAGAAAGCUUGAAAUGUUAUUUAAAUAAAAACAAGUAUUGUGUAAUCUGUGAAUGUUGCAUUUCUCUCAUCUGAGAGAGCCAGCACUGUGAAUUUGAUCUUGCAGCCGACAAAGAAAACAUUUGUUUAUUAAUAAAUCAUUUACAUGUCUCAUUUUUUCACAAUUAUUAGGCUACUUCUGCAUGUGCUUUUUUUGCAAACUUAAUGUAUGUGCUUGAGCGUGGAAUAUAUUAAGACUUGAUUAUGUAAAUUUAAUAUAAACCUCUGAUUAGUUGAAUAUAACAAAUGAACGACUAGAACUAGAAAAAUAUUAUGUGGGGACAGACCAUUUUUGAGUGUAUAACCAAAACAACGAGUCCUAACAAAACCUGCUCAGCAGGUUUAAGACACUGCCCAUUUGAAAGAGCAAGAGAUUGACACCUUUAUCUCGACCCCCACAAGCCAUACAUAACUACCCCCAAAAAACCCAACCCCCUCCAGCUGAACUGAACUCGAUCUGUUUUUUUUUUGGCUGUGAGGAAUGAUGUGUUGUCAUGUUACUGGGCUGAAACAUGCCUUCACUCAGCAGCACUACUCUUUAUAUUCAUUUUUCUCGCAGCCCACAUUAUUAUGUUCACAAGACCAUAAUGAUAAUAACAAAUUGUCAAUUGAUAAUUAAUCAUUUUACGAAUAUCAUUGUUAUUUGUGAUCCUAGAUGUUUACGGAAGAAUAAUAACAGAGUUAAUAAUAAUAAUAAUUGUUGCUAAAUACAGGACCGGUAUGCAAAAACCUCUAAAUUCACCGCUUUGGGACAAGACAUAGUAAAUAUUAGAAAAAUC